CUAGCGCCCAAUCUUUUCUUAUUUAUUUCGUUUGAAUUUAUUAAUUUAAAUUAAAUAUUUAUAAAUAUCAAUUUAUUUAAAUUAACUACUACUCCUACAACCAUAUUAUAGGAGUAUUAAUUUGGUUUUAGUUAGAAAAAAGAAAAGAAAAAGAAAAUGGGUAAGACGAAGAAGAAGAGAAGUAGGGUUUCCGUUUCCGACGACGAUGAUGAAGAAAUCCGAUCUGAUAAUAUCAAUAACGACGAUUCCGAUCAAAACCAAAACUCUCUCUACCAGGUUCUUGGUGUGGACAAAACAGCAUCUCAACAAGAAAUUAAGAAAGCAUAUCACAAAUUAGCGUUGAGACUUCAUCCUGAUAAGAAUCCUGGUGAUGAGGAAGCUAAAGCCAAGUUUCAACAACUGCAAAGUGUUAUCUCAAUUCUUGGAGAUGAACAAAAGCGGGCAGUGUAUGAUCAGACUGGUUCUGUUGAUUGUGCUGACCUUGGAGGAGAUGUUGUCCAGAAUCUUCAUGAAUAUUUCAGAACAAUGUACAAGAAGGUUACUGAAGCUGAUAUUGAAGACUUUGAAGCAAACUAUAGGGGAUCUGACUCUGAGAAAAAUGAUUUGAUUAAUCUUUACAAGGAAUGCAAGGGUAAUAUGAAGAGGUUAUUUUGUUCAAUGCUUUGUUCGGAUGCUAAACUCGACUCACAUCGGUUCAAGGAUAUUAUUGAUGAGGCUAUAGCUUCUGGAGAACUAAAGGAAAAGAAAGCCUACAAGAAAUGGGCAAAGAAAAUUUCCGAAACCAAGCCACCAACUAGUCCUUUAAGGAGGAAAAAAGCAAAUAAGGAACCAAAAACGGAUUUGUAUGCUAUCAUAUCAAAACGACGAGAUGAGAGGAAAGAUCGGUUUGAUUCUAUGUUCUCAUCUCUAAUUUCAAAAUAUGGUGGAGGCCAUGUGCCAGAACCCUCUGAAGAGGAGUUUGAAGCGGCACAAAAAAAGAUGGAAAGCCGAAGAUCCUCAAAAAAGCCAAGGCGAAAGUAACCUACUUGCCUUUUUUGUGUAUAGUUUGUUCCUCUCAUGGUGAGUGUCACGUCACCAUUGUUAGUAGGAAUUCCUAUCUUCUUUUUUUUUUUCGUUAAGGCUAAACGAGGCUGUUAUUUUCUUAAGCAAGUUUAUGUAACCGGUUAGUUCAAGACCAGGAACAUUCCUAAAAUUUUAAGGUCUGUGUUAUCUUUUACCAAUGCAAGUCUUCAAUGUUCUUGGUGAA